UGUCAUAACACGGAGGAAAAUGGCAACUCCAGUGCGCGUUUGCAGUCCGCAAUUCAGAUCGAUGUAAUAGGCGCGACCAUGAGCUGAACAUGGACCAUGUUUUAUUCUGCUGUGAUGACAUAGCGCGAUAUGCUGUAGACGUUUAGAGACAUCUGCAUUGCUUCUUAUCCGCGGACCGGCUGUGCAUCGCUGGAUGAGCAGUGUAACGUUCAAGCUGACCAUUGUUAUACGGAAUACUACACGUGUAGCGUUAUAUACACGCAAAAAAUAGAUAUUUAUGCGCAGAUAGCUUCACACUAAGCGGUGGCUUUCUUCGUUUUCUUUUCUUCUUUUUAAAAUUAUUUAUUACGUUUGUAUAUUCGUGAGGACAUCAUCGGAAAAUGAGUGAACAGAGUAUUUGUCAAGCCCGAGCCUCGGUGAUGAUCUAUGAUGACACCAGCAAAAAAUGGGUGCCAGUCAAACCGGGCCAGCAAGGCUUCAGCCGCAUCAACAUCUACCACAACACUGUCAACAACAGCUUCCGUGUUGUGGGAGUCAAACUACAGGACCAGCAGGUUGUUAUAAACUACUCUAUUGUGAAAGGUCUGAAGUAUAAUCAGGCCACGCCAACUUUUCACCAGUGGCGUGAUGCACGGCAGGUUUAUGGGCUGAACUUUGCCAGCAAAGAAGAGGCCACCACCUUCUCAACAGCCAUGCUCUUUGCUCUCAAUAUACUGAGCUCUCAGGAUGCAGGUCCAGCGCCACAUCGUCAGAAUGGACCAGUGACGGAUGAUGCUGAGGCUCAGAGGAGGCAAAUGAUGGACCAGCAUCAGAUGCAGAUGGAAAGAGAACGAAGAACUUCUGGCUCUGCAGUCUCCACCCUUCAGUUUAAAGUGUCACCAUCUGCAUCUCACGCCGAAAGCAUACCGCAUGACCCCAGACAAUAUCGGGCUAACACUCUCCCCCCUUCCUACGCUCACGCUAUCCCCGCCACACCUUCCUCGUACACCUCCCCGUCCUCCUCUCAGGAACGGGAGAGUGGCUAUCGCACGGUGGACUCCCCUCAUAAAAAGGCCCAGCUUACCACUUCUCUGGCUUCUGCCUUUUCUCCCGUGCAGCCGGGAGUGACUCCUCCACCACGCAACGUCAAACAAAUUCCUCUUUCCCCUCCGUCUACCUUCCACCACCAGGAUUCUGCUCCCAAACAUGCCACUUGGUCCUCCACCCACAUGUAUGCCCCUUUGCCUUCCGCCUCGGCCCCUGUAAUAAUGGCGGUGCCCUUUAAGCAGCCAGUUCUUCCUGUCGCCCUGCCCCUCCAGGCCCUCAACAACGGUCCUAUAGCAUCCACUAACACAUCCCACUUGGAACCUGUGACACACCAUCCGCCUUCCAAUGGUCAGCCAGAGGAAUACUACCCUUACCAAACUCCUCCCACGCAAGUCAUCUCAGGAGCUCCACACCACCCACACUAUUCCAUACAGGAGUCGUCCUGCCCCCUACCCUCUCUCAUUGGCCACAACUCCCUCCACCCGCAAUAUGUACAUCAGGCCACGCCCUCAUAUGACACCACACCCGUUUUGUCUGAAGGGGCCACGCCCAAGAUGUCUCCUUCACCUGUUUAUCAGAAUACCACAGCACCUGUCAGCGGUCCUCCUCUUCCACCCGGCCAUCCUUCAAUGCUAUCAUCCAUCCCUCCCAUUCUCCCCCCUACCCCAGCAUCCAUUGCAGGUCCACCAGCCCCUCCGCCACCUCCUGGGCCUCCACCUCCUGGUCCUCCACCACCUGGGCCACCACUACCCGGGCCUCCCCCGCCUGCCACAGUACCCCCGCCAGCCCCACCUCCACUGCCGGCUUGUGGAGGUCCUACUCCAUCAGGACUGGCUGCAGCUCUCGCUGGAGCCAAGCUGCGCAGAGUGCAGCGGCCUGAGGAGAGCAGCAGCAAAAAUGAUGCUAACCGCUCAAGUGGGGGCAGUGGAGGAGGGGGUGAGGGUCUCAUGCAGGAGAUGCAUGCCAUUUUAGCACGGAGGAGGAAGGCCUCAGAGAAACCAGAAGAGAGUCAAAACGAAGAAUCCGGUGGUUCCCCUUCAUCUGCCUCACGUGGUUCAGGCCCACAAAAUUCAGCAGAUCCCGUGAAGAAGCCUUGGGAGCGAGCGAACUCUUCAGAGAAGUCCUCAGCAUUGUCAAGGGCGAAACAAGCUGGAAGCACCAGUGACGGGGAGUCGUCGGACUUUGACAGAAUGAAACAGGAAAUUUUGGAGGAGGUUGUUCGAGAACUGCAGAAAGUAAAAGAAGAAAUAAUUGAUGCCAUUAGAAGGGAACUGCUAAGAAUCGGUUCCACAUAAGUCUUCUGAAAUGUCAAUUGCGACGGCUGAUGACGACUGAAGGUUCGAGGAAGUACAGAAAAGCGCACAUGAAGAAUUCUCGCAUCAUGUCUGCAACAGAAAAGUUGCCAUUCGGUUGCAGAAAUGCUGUGCAGAAACGAGGCAUUACUGAGGAAGGGGGAAACAGAAGCAUAAGGGGUUCGAGUGAGUGAACGAGCAGACCUUCACACUGAAUUUUCUAUUUUCUUCGGAAUGAACGUUAUGAGACUGUCCACUGCGCAGCUUGCUGCUCUCGCUCUUUCAUGUCUUAAAGUCAACAAGUUGGAAAUUAAUGGAAAUAUUUUUGUUUUAUAAGUUUAUACGGUUUUAUUUUUUUCUUGGUCAUUGUUAUUAUGGUUAAGAAUUGUAUUAUAUUAAAUGGGAGAGGUACAAAGUUGCACGACAGUUAUUUUUUAUAUUACUGUUCUUAUUCUUUGGUUUUAACAAGUACGGAUGGCACGCAUUUGUGCUAAACUUUCAGCAAACUACUGCACAAUUAAACCAGUUUCUGAUUUGUUUUGUGGCCAAUGCAGAAAUUUAGUGGACAUUUUAACUUAAUUUGAAGGUAAGAUGAGAUGGAGACAACACAAAAAGUAUUUGGUAAAUCUUACAAUGUAUCCUGAUUUUAAAAGCUGGCAGAUGUUGACGUGAUGAACUCAGUAAUGGAUUAAACUGUGAACAUUGAAUCUGUCCAAUGAGUGUGAAACUGAUGAUGGAAUUAAAAAG